GCCUACCAUCUGAGGAUGGGUGUCCUAAUUAAGGGAUAUUCCCGCUCCCUCGUCACAGCCAGCAUUAAUUACUACCUCACCCUCGGGUCCAAGUCCAGUACCUUUCCUCAACAGGAGGCCACCAUGACGAAUGGACGCACUCUUCUCAAAGCCGUUUAUACCUUCAAAGGAUCACAUAACGACGAGCUGAAUUUUAAGAAGGGAGAUGUGAUCACUCUCACUCAAAAAGUGGAUGGAGGAUGGUGGGAAGGGACCCUAAAUGGGAAAACUGGAUGGUUCCCGGCCAAUUACGUUCAAGAAAUACACGAAGAUGAAGCUCCAUCGUCCAAGCUCUUGCCUGGGGAUAUGACUGCCACCCUUGUGAAUUACCGACAACAAGUGAUCAAAGACUUAAUGGACAAAGAAUCCGAGUUCGUCCAUGACCUAGAUACCCUCCACCAGAAGUAUUUGACGCCAUUGGGGAAAUCAGAACUGGUAACCGACAAUGAAUUUCGUCAGCUUGUGGGCAAUCUAGAGGAGCUCAUAGAUGUGCACAAGUCCAUGAAUCUGGCCAUUGAAGAGACGAGUCGGCUCGAUCCCCGGGAUCAGAAAUUGGGCAAGAUCUUCUUGCAACAUGGAUCCAAUGUCAAGGCUGCUCAUCGGACAUACUGGCAAAGUCAUCCACGCGCUGUUUGCAUUUUGGAAAAGUAUCGGGAGAAACUUGAUAAGUUCAUGGAAGCCUAUGGAGCGUCUCAACCUGGAUUGAUGGUCUUGACUACUGCCCUGUCGAAGCCCUUCAGACACUUGGAGAAGUACCCGGGUGUGGCUCAGGAGAUUGAACAACAUUUUGAGGAUGACCAUCCUGAUCGGGGAGACACGCAGCGUUCAAUUGGUUUCUACAAAUCCGUGGCAGCUGAAUGUGCCAAACUCCGGAGACAAAAAGAACUGGAGUUGGAAGUUCUGACUGGUACCAUCCGCGAUUGGGAAGGAGAGAGCAUUCACAAUCUCGGCGAUAUUGUCCACAUGGGAUCCGUGGCCGUGGGAAAAGAGCACAAGGAUCGAUACUUUGUCCUCUUUCCUGAGCAUUUGCUUCUGCUCUCUGUUUCCGCCCGAAUGUCGGCUUUUAUUUACCAGGGAAAGCUUCCAUUGUCAGGAAUAGCUGUCAAUCGCCUGGAGGACACGGAGACCAUCAAAAACGCAUUUGAGAUCACAGGAGCCAUGAUUGAUCGCAUCUUCGUGGUCUGCCAGAGCAAACCUGACUCGCAGUUCUGGGUGGAAUUGCUUCAAUCACAAAUCAAGCAUGCUCGGAAGUCUUCCUCGUCGAUGCAAUCCUACCCAACUCCACCUCCUCAUAAAUCCUCUUUCGGAGGUUCCCAACAACAAAGCCCGGCUUCCCAAAGUAAACGACCUCACAAUGUGGGAGGCAAAGGCUACAUGUGGAAGAUGAGUUGUCUCCGCCCCGCCCCGCCCACACGAUCCUACAUUGCACCCGAUGGCAAGAGAACUGUCAAGAAGAAAGCUAAUGCCGAUACCACGUACGAAGAAGAUAUGCAAAUAUUGAGGGUUAUUGAAGCGUAUUGCACUUCCAACACGAAACGUCAUACUCAAGCCGGAUCAAUCGUUGACUCUAUAAAUACAUAUGAUGCGCCCAGUCGCGAAAUAUCCGGCCUUUUGGGCUCGAAUCACGACGAAAUGGGCAGCCUAUUCAGUCAGGACUGGCGGAACAUGCAUCUCAGUGAUGAUGAAGACAGCCACUUGCUCCAAUCCUCGGCUUGUCCAGUCGGAUGUUCCGGCCGAGGAUUACGUGAUUCCGCUUUGUUUACCACUUCGGGCUGUCUUCCGUGCAAGCCUAGUCUGAAACCUAAAUGUGUUUGCACGGAGGUCCAGGAUGAUGAGUCCAGCUCGGGGUCAAAGUACAACAAGUAUUGUCCACACAGUCAGAGUGGCAUGGCCUCAGAUUGGUGUUGCGGCAUGGUGGCCACCACGGUGAAGAAAACCACCAAGAAAUGCUGAAACAACGUUUCACGACCCUCUCAUGCCAUUUGUAUAAGAACAGCAUCAUUGGCCUGGAUUCAGGUCUCGUUGCUACUUGGGGAGUAUGGACAGACGUACAUACAGGAUGCAGUUUGUAUGUACGCGUACUAAGAGCCCAAAGUCCAACGAGUGCCGUUGAAGAAAGGCAAUCGCUUGGAAAGCUCUUUGUAACCAUGUGCUUUGAUGCUUCUGUCUCUUUGUUUGUGAAUCGCUUCCUUCUUGAAAUAUGAACAUGAAGUUAUAAAAGUUGAAAUUGACUUGAUUGGGACACAAGAGACUCGAGUGACUUAACUUCCAGUACUGCCCUCAUGAAACAUUAUUGGCACGUGGAAGAAACCCUUGAAGGUCAGAAUUUUGAGUUCAGGAACUAGGGAUCUCUCGGGGCUGAUAAGGAAAGCCUCUUCUUGUUUCUUAAC